UCGCGUCCCCAGUUCGCACAAACAUGCCGGAGCCGAUCAUAUUCUACGACCUCCCGCGCAAGCUCGGAGAAGGAAUUCACAAUAAGGCGUGGAACCUCAACACCUGGAAGACGAGAUACACCUUGAACAUCAAAGGACUCCCGUACAAGACCGUCUGGGUCGAGUACCCGGACAUCAAGCCCCUCUGCCUCAAGAUCGGCGCGCCCGCCGCCGAGAGGCUCCCCGACGGCUCGCCCCUCUACACGCUCCCCGUCAUCUACGACCCGAACACGCGUAUGCCCGUCGCCGACUCCGCCGCGAUCGCGCGCUACCUCGACGAGACGUACCCGGACACCCCGCGCCUGUUCCCGCACGGGACCGCCGCGCUGCACGCCGCGUUCCAGGCGGCCUUCCUGGCGACGUUCUUCGCGGGCGGGCACUUCGUCUCGAUCGGGCUGCCCGCGUCGCACGCGGUGAUGAACGCGCCGAGCGCGGCGUACUUCCGGGCGACGCGCGAGGCCGUGCUGGGCAAGUUCUCCGAGUUCGCGCCGAAGGGGAGCGAGAAGCGCAGGGAGCACUGGGAGGGGCUGAAGGGCAUCUUCCACACGUUCGCGACGUGGCUCGAGGCGGACGGGAAGGAGACGCUGUUCUUCGCCGGAGAGGAGGAGAAGAUCAUCUUUGCGGAUCUCGUCGUUGCCGGGGCACUCAGGUGCUUGCGCACCGUACUUGGGGACGAGAGCGAGGAGUGGCGGGAUAUCCUCACGUGGGACGGGGGCCGGUGGAAGCGGUUCACGGAGGCGUUUGAGAAGUACGAGGCGGUCGACGAAGGGUCGGUCGUCGAGCUCUGA